GUCUGCCGGACUCGAUCAGCAAAAACAAUUUCCAAGUUAGCCUACCACAGCGGGGUGGUGAUCGUGAAGUGUCCUGGCUGCGGGAAUCACCACGUCAUAGCCGAUAACCUGGGCUGGUUUUCAGACCUGGAAGGGAAGAGGAAUAUCGAGGAAAUCCUGGCAGCCAAAGGGGAGAAGGUGAGACGUGUGGCUGGUGAGGAAGCCCUGGAACUGCUUCUGGAAAACUCGGCAGAUACUGGGUCUCAAGGUCAGCCCACGGAGGGAGAAAGCGGGGAAGCCCCCCAAGAGACUGGCGGCAAGGGACAGACCUGA